AUGGACGCGGCUUCCUUGGCUCAAUUUGAAAGGCUCUGCACUGAGUUCUACAACCCCCCCAAUGAGCAAGCCCAAAGGCAUGCUCAUGAGGUCCUUACUCCCCUCCUCAACGGCAUUGACUCCGUACCCCAACUACAAUACAUCCUAGCUAACUCGUCCAAUCAGCAAGCCCUAGUCUUUGCCUCUACUGCCUUGACUAAGGUGGCUACUGCUAAUUGGACUGCCGUUACUGAGCAGCAGAGGGAAGAUAUGAAGAACUUCAUGUUAAACUACCUCUUCCAAAACUGUGAAGCCCUUCAGAACAGUGCUCCAUACGCGGUAUCUUUCCUUGUGCGUUUCCUCUGCCGUAUUGUCAAGCUCAGCUGGCUCGAGGGACCUCAACAUCAGACUAUUGUCAGCGAUGUACAGAAGUUCCUAUCAGCAUCGACUCUACAUUGGAUCCUCGGCCUUGACAUCUACGUCCAGCUAACCUCCGAUAUGCAGCCUACUGUUGGUCCUGGGAUGUCCCGCUUUAGACGUACGGCACUUUCCUUUCGAGACAUAGCCCUGCCACAGAUCUUCACAACAGCAGUUGAUAUCCUCACGCAAAUGUAUGAGGGGAAGUUGGCGAUCAACGACAAGACGGAAGAAUUCAAAUUGGUUAAGAAGGUAUUGCAGCUGGCCUAUAACUGCUUGAGUUUUGACUUUAUGG